AUGAAUCAAAUUACAAGUAGUGAAAUAAUAAACGAUGCAUUUCAGUCGGUGUCAAAACCAAAAGAAAGAGUAAAACAGCUGAUUCAGGAUUUAGAGGAGUUAAAAUCGUAUCAGUUAAAUAAACGGAAAGAAUACGAGCAGCAAUUAAACAAGAAUAGGCUCAAUUUCGGCCAGUGGUUGCGUUAUGCUAAAUGGGAACUAAAUAAUAAUCAUGAUUUUCAAAGAGCUCGAUCGAUAUUUGAAAGAGCGUUGGAGGUAAACGUCGAACAUGUUCCUUUUUGGGUUCAAUACAUUCAAGCAGAGCUACAAAAUAGAAAUAUAAAUCAUGCUCGAAAUUUGCUUGACAGGGCAGUCACAAUAUUGCCCAGAGUCGAUAAAUUGUGGUUUCUAUAUGUUCAAACGGAGGAGAUGCUUAAAAGCUAUUUGAAUGUGAGAAGUGUUUUUGAGAGAUGGCUAGAAUGGAAGCCUGUUGAGUCUGCAUGGGAAGCUUAUAUUAAUUUUGAGAUACGUUAUGAUGAACUUGAUAAUGUGCGAGACUUGUUCAUGAGGUUCGUGAAAGCGUAUCCAAAGGGAAGCGUAUGGUUGAAAUGGAUUGAGUUUGAGCUUAGCUUGGGUUCAAGGUUUAUCAGAGAGACCUUCGAACUAGCUGUUGACGUGAUGCUAGGAGAUCCAGCUACGAAGAAUGACCCCGACUUAGCAUACAUAAUAUGUAAGUGGGCAGAAUGGGAGGUCUCAGUAAAAGAAUACAAAAGAGCAAGAAUGAUUUACACAGCUCUGGUGGAAAAGUUUGCUAAGGAUUUGCUGCCUGAUAAAAUUAAUUUGAUUUAUCAAUCUUAUAUAAAUUUUGAAAAGCUCUACGGAGAAGAAGACAACAUAGAAGAAAGCAUAGUUCUCAAGAGACAAAAAAGAUACGAGGUAGAGCUAAAGCAAAAUCCUUAUGAUUUUAACACAUGGUGGCUCCUACUUAAUAUUUUACCAAAUGAUGCCGCUACAGUAAGACCUUAUUUUGAGGAAGCGAUAAGAAAUGUGCCACAAGAUACUAAAAAGACGUUGAAUUGGAGACGGUUUAUACUAAUCUGGAUUAGAUAUGCAUUAUGGGAAGAAUUCAAUAACUCUGAUUCCUCUAAAGCUCGUCAAGUUUGGAGUGAUUGUUUAAAUGUAAUCCCUCAUAAACGAUUUUCCUUUGGAAAAGUUUGGAUUCAUUUUGCAGAAUUUGAGAUUAGAAACAGCAACUUGACAAAUGCUAGAAAGAUACUAGGAAGGGGAAUUGGACAAGCGAAUCGUUCAAAGCCAAAACGAAGUUUAUUCCAGUUCUAUAUUGAUCUUGAACAAAAGUUGGGCGAGUGGGAUAGAGUAAGAAAGAUUUUCGAAAAAUGGUUGGAAUCAGUUCUUAUUAGCCCCACGACUGAAGUUUCGGCUAUGGAGGUUUUGUUCGCUUAUAUCUCCUUUGAAAGUAGAAUGAAAGAAAAUAAUAGAUGUGUUGCACUUUUCAGUUUGGGUAUCAGACUAGCUGAAAAUAUUCCUGAAAAGUUUCCUCAUCUUGAACACUUAUGGAUGGCAUUCAUUAAUUACUAUAAGGAGGAGAUGAUGUACUCAGAAGCAAGGGAGUUAUACAAACAAUUAAUAGAAAAAACUUCAAGUCCACAAGCAUGGAUAUCACUUGCCCUCUUUGAGAUAUCAGUUCCAAAUGAGACUCAAUUAACGCAAUUCUUAGGUGGUCAAGAUGAAACAUUCGAGUUUGCUAUUGAAGACCCUCAGAUGGAAAAGAGCCGGUCUGUUUUCCAAGAAGCCAACAGAUUUUUUAAAGAUACGGGUUCCAAUAGGGAUAGAGCUAUUAUUCUCAAUGAAUGGAAAGAUUUCGAAGAAUCAUAUGGAGACGAACGUUCAAUCAAACUGAUUGAAGAGAAACUUCCUGUGAUUUCCAAGAAAACUAAGUUAAAAGACAAUGUCGAAGAGGAGUAUUUAGAGUAUAUAUUUCCUGAAGAUCAGAAUGACAGUCCUAACCCUCCAACUGGAUUAGGUGCAUUUUUGGCAAAUGCCAAAAAAUGGGCUAUGAAAGAUGAAAUAUAA